UUCUACUGCCAUUGCCAGAGCUUAUUCGUCUACCAGCUGAUUUGUUUCCGAUUGUUGGUUUCAAUCGUCCAGAAACUUAACUUGAGCCGAUCAAAGCUGUGGGAGCGUCAUGCGCUGGCAUUUGAGUCACUCGUACGGUCGAAGUUCUCUCGAUGUAAUCAGCACGCUUAUCGACUCAACGAAGAAAUGCUCAGAGCAGACCAAGAGCGGUGGAUGGAAGAACGGCAGAAAGUCAUCGAGGAAUGGAGUGAUUUAGCCCUUGACAAUCAGUCCUUUGCAUUUUCUACCAAGCCAGUUCUUUUGGAUAUUAUUCCGACUGUACUAUCGAAUACGAUUCCCAGAUGGACCACCGAACGAACGCAGACUUCGUUGCCAGGAAGUGUGCAUCCUACUCGACCAGGAUCCGCUGGCACAGCCAACGGGCACUAUUUUCACGAUCCGGAUCCUCUGUUAGAGGAGAUUCUAAACGAGGACUAUAGUGAAGAAAUGAAAGCUGUCGCAUCGAUGGUAACUCCAGUGCAACCGUCUUCUUUGGAUAUUCUGGUCAGUAAGUGUUUAUGCCGGCCGAAGCCUCACCUGGAAAGUCACGCAUUGAAGCGGGAACGAAAUCUACUGGUAGCACUGAGUACAGUAUCCUACUGUAAUGCCUCCACUUCUCAAUGGGCAUUGCUUCGCUCGUUCUACUCUUCCGUCGCAUCUUUGGUGCUCGAUCAAACAAAUUCAGUGUCUGAGUGUCCAAGGAAAGGCAACCACUGGCAAGUCGUCGGAUUUCAAGGCUCCGAUCCAGCGACAGACUUUCGUGGCACGGGGAUACUUGGCUUGAUACAGUUGUACUGUAUGGCAAAAGACUUACCCGAGGGUAAACUUGCUGAAAUUGUCAACCUUUCGCGACAAGAACCUCAUGAUUUCCCGUUGGCUGUCGUGGGAAUAAAUAUUACAGCGAUACUUAUCACUAGGCUUCGACAUGGUGAACUGCUCGAAUCAGCAAUAACCGUUGGUGGAUAUCUGAAAGCUAUGAAUAAGCUCUAUCAGUCGUCCAUACUCAUAUUUUGUAAACAAUGGCGAGAAGAAAAGUGUACAGUUAAAGAUUGUCAACAAAUAUUAAAUCGAAUCACUUUAUUACUAAGAAAUUCCCAACAGACAUUACUGAAGUCGUCUUGA